AUGAUUUGCAUCAGAGUCAUUCCUGGCACAAUUAUAGACAAGAUCAUCUGGGGAUCAAAGCCAUUCGCAACCGCUUAUAAAGCCCUAGCCGAAGCCGGCUUUACCAAAAUCGACGCAAUUCUCCCAGUACCAGCGUACAGCGGGCAGAUCUGGGUUUUCAGUGGAACUCAAUAUGCCCGGCUCAAUGGUACCGAAGACACCAUUGUAUUUGGUCCUGCACCCAUCGCAGAGCAUUGGCCAUCGCUCGUUCAGGCGGGUUUCCCUACCGUCAAUGCUGUUUUCCCCACCCCGGGAGAAUCAAAUCACGCAUAUGUCUUCCACGAGGAUAGAUUCGCACGCAUCACUUUAACCCCGGGCACAAAUGAUGAUAAGGUCUACUUUGGUCCUGCUCCUCUUGCCAAUCAUUGGCCGGUCCUUGUCAAUGCAAAGAUCACUUCUGUUGAUGCUGUGAUUCCCACUCCAGGCUUUCCUAGUGAUGGAUACUUUUUUAGUGGUGAGCAGUUUAUGCGUCUUACUGUCACACCCAAUGAGACCCAGAACAAGGUUGUGUUUGGGCCUGCUCCGAUCCAGAAGCAUUGGCCUUGUCUCAAAGAUCUGUGA